ACUGUACUCAGCAAGAUGGGAGAAGUGCAGAGACAUUCCGUUCACACGCUGGUGUUUCGUUCGCUCAAGAGAACUCAUGACAUGUUUCUGUGCAAUCAAGGAAGUUUGCCUGCCAAUGACAAAAAGGCCAUCGAGUUGCAGAAGAAGGUUAAAAUCCGCAGCGAAUAUGGCAAAGUAAUGGAAGCCGCAGAGGCGGCGAAGAAGCGAAAGGAACAAGAAUUGCUGCCUUUGCCAUUGCCUUUGAAAUCUACUGAUUCAUCAAACCGCGGCGGCGGUGUUCAGGAAUUGUUGCCGUUAAAAGCACCCAUCGCGCCAAAGCCUCAAUGGCAUGCUCCGUGGAAGCUUUAUCGGGUCAUUAGCGGUCAUACUGGUUGGGUUAGGUGCAUUGAUGUAGAACCUGGCAACCAGUGGUUUUGCUCAGGUGGUGCUGACCGUAUCAUAAAAAUUUGGGACCUUGCUACUGGCAGACUGAAGCUCUCUUUAACCGGCCAUGUCAGUACGGUCCGAGCUGUGAAAGUUUCUCCUAGACAACCGUAUUUGUUUUCUGCCGGUGAAGACAAACAAGUGAAAUGCUGGGAUCUCGAAUACAAUAAAGUAGUACGACACUAUCAUGGUCAUUUGAGCGCAGUGUACGACUUGGAUAUUCAUCCAACUAUCGACGUAAUUGUGACAGUCAGCAGAGACUCGACAGUUAGGGUAUGGGAUAUGCGAACGAAGGCUCAGGUCCAUUGUCUAACGGGCCAUCAGAAUACGGUAGCAAGCGUCGCAUGCCAGGCAGCUGAGCCACAGGUCAUCACCGGCUCACACGACUGUACCGUUCGCUUAUGGGAUUUAGCUGCCGGUAAAACUCGCUGCACUCUUACCAACCACAAAAAGAGCAUUCGAGCAGUUUGUCUUCAUCCAACUUUGUACAUGUUUGCCAGCGCUUCUCCAGACAAUAUCAAACAAUGGAAGUGUCCCACUGGGCAGUUUGUCCAAAAUUUGAGUGGCCACAAUGCAAUCAUUAAUGCCCUUGUUGUCAACCAAGACGGUGUUUUGGUCUCUGGGGGUGACAACGGCUCGAUGAACUUCUGGGAUUGGAAGACGGGAUUCUGCUUUCAAAAGUAUCAAACAAAACCGCAACCCGGAAGUAUCGAUUCUGAAGCUGGCAUAUUCUCAUUAUGUUACGACCAGAGUGGCAGUCGCCUCAUGUGUGGUGAGGCUGAUAAAACGAUAAAAAUGUACAAAGAAGACGAAACUGCGACAGAGGAAACGCAUCCGGUGUUGUGGAGACCGGAUAUUCUCAAGAAAAAGCAGUAUUAA